AUGCCUCAUCUGCUUACAAUGUCCCAGGACAUUCGGAUACUGGAUGGGUUUAAUCGCCAACAUAUGCACAUGCACGACAUCGAGAUUCAACAAAAUGUCAGCAUGGCAAAACUAUCUCCUACACCUGAAGUCCACUCUACCACCAACAGUUCCAACUCCUACUACUACUACUACUACUACUACUACUACUACUACUACUACUACUACUACUACUACUACUACUACUACUACUACUACUAG